AUGAUCAACACCUUACGACCCACUCUGAGGAUCGCCAAACCUCGUUCUAUACCUCAUCGAAUACCCCGUCCCCCUACUAGAGCUUAUUCCAGUAGCUCAGCUGGCAGAGAUGUGAGAUCGGGAGGAAGUAGGAUAUUGCAAAUUGGCUCAUUGGCAGCAGUCUCUCUCGCUGUAGGAUAUGCUAUAUCGUCUCCCGUUCGAUUGGAAGAAGCUGGCGACGAUCCCGCUCCAUCAGCAGAUGUAGCUGUUGGAAGAGCGUUGAUACCUUAUAGUGAGGUAACUAAACAUAACAGACCCGAGGAUUGCUGGGUAGUCAUCAAUGGGAAAGUGUAUGAUUUGACCGAGUUCGCCGAUGCACAUCCAGGAGGAGCGAUACAUGUACAUCGAGCAGCAGGAAGAGAUGUAUCAGGUAUAUUCAAUCCUAUACAUCCCGAAGGGACCAUCGAAAAUGGAUUAGAUAUUGAAUCAACAUUCAUCGGAUUAGUUGAUCCUGCUACAUUACCUCAAACAGUCAGUAAAGCAGCGAGUGGUGAAAAAGAAGAGAAGAAAAUUGAUUUGGGUGAAAUUAUCGGUUUACCUGAUUUCGACGAAGCUGCUAAAAGAAGUUUGACUGGAAAAGCUUGGGCUUAUAUGUCAAGCGGUGCAACUGAUCAAUUCACCCUCGAUCUAAAUAGAAAAGCUUUCAAUUCCAUAUUAUUCAGACCUCGUAUAAUGAUCGAUGUCGAUGUGGCAGAUACACGAACUACAAUGCUCGGUCAAAAAACUUCUUUGCCUAUAUUCAUCUCACCAGCUGGUAUGGCGAAACUCGCGCAUCCAGAAGGAGAAUGUUUAUUAGCCAAAGGAGCAGGACAAUGUGAUAUCAUUCAGAUGAUAUCAACGAACGCUUCAGCACCAUUACCUGACAUAAUCAAUUCACGUAAAUCACCCGAACAAUCAUUUUUCAUGCAAUUAUACGUUGAUCGAAAUCGACCGAAAUCCGAAGCUUUAAUCAAGAAAAUAAAUGAUUUAGGAUUAAAAGCCAUUUUCGUUACAGUGGAUGCUGCUGCACCUGGUAAAAGAGAAGCGGAUGAAAGGAGUAGAGCAGAAGUUGAAGUUGCAUCUGGUAUAUCAGGUGGUAAAAUCUCAUCAGAUAAUAAGGGUGGUGGAAUUGGUAGAUCUGUAGGAGGAUUUAUUGAUCCUAAAUUAAAUUGGAAUGAUAUAGCUUGGUUACGAAAACACACAAAUUUACCAAUAGGUUUAAAAGGUGUUCAGACCGUUGAAGAUGCUAUGAGAGCUGCUGAAAUGGGUGUUGAAGCUAUUUAUCUUUCAAAUCAUGGUGGAAGAGCAUUAGAUGGCUCACCUCCAGCCAUGUAUACGUUAUUAGAGAUAAACAAGAUAUGUCCUGAGAUAUUGAAGAAAUGUGAAGUAUACAUAGAUGGAGGAUGUCGAAGAGGAACAGAUGUAGUCAAAGCACUCUGUCUCGGUGCUAAGGGUGUGGGAAUGGGUAGACCUUUCCUGUAUUCUUUGACAUACGGUGAAGAAGGUGUUGUACAUGCUAUCGAGAUCAUGCGAGAUGAAAUCCAAACUACACUUCGAUUACUCGGUGUAAAUAGAUUAGAUCAACUUGGUCCUCACUUGUUGAAUACGAGAGCUUUGGAUAAUCUUGUAUUUGACAAACCUGCAUUCGCACCAUGUGAAAAACCUUUAUAA